AUGGAAACAUGCACCGUAUAUCGUGAUGGAAGCACUAAUGGAAAUGAUCUUGGGGAGGAGUGGCCCGCCGCAUCUAUGCUUCCGCUACCAUUUCAUCAACUUGCUGAUCGAGCAGAGCGGUGUUUGGAGAGAGAUGAACCCCAUGACUUAGAUGAAUUAAUAACACUUCAUUAUGAUGCACUGGGAUAUUAUAAAACCGGACAUGCUCACCGAGGGCAGUUGCUAUGUAAUCUGGCUUUAAUGCUGGGUUUCCGCUUCGACCACCGAGGCAACAACAAUGACUUGGAUGAGGCUAUCGCACUUUCCAGGGAAGCGUUGGCCUUGUUCCCGGUCGGUCACGCGGAUCGGUGCACGUCAUUAAAUAACCUCGCAAAGCUACUCUCCUCCCGAUUUGACCACCGAGGCAAUGGCGAAGACUUGGAUGAGGCUAUCACACUUGAAAAGGAAGCGCUGGCCUUGCGUCCGGUCGGUCAUACAGAUCGGUUCAUUUCAUUAAAUAAUCUCGCGAAGCAAUUCUUCUCCCGCUUUACGUACCAAGGCAACAACGAAGACUUGGAUGGGGCCAUCGCACUUGAGAGGGAAGCGCUGGCCUCGCUCCCGAUCGGUCACACAGAUCGGUCCGCAUCAUCAGAUGGCCCUGCAGAUCACCUCUUCUUCCGCUUUGACGACAGAGGGAACGACGAAGAUUUGGAUGAGACUAUCGCACUUUUUCGCGAAGCGCUGGCUUUAUGCCCAGUCGGUCACGCAGAUCGGUCCAAGUCAUCAAAUAACCUUGCGAAUGGACUCUCCGCCCGCUUUGAGCACCGAGGCAACGACGAAGACUUGGAUGAGGCUAUCGCUCUUCACAGGGAAGCGCUGGCCUUGCGCCCGGUUGGUCACACAGAUCGGCCCACGUCAUUAAAUGACCUCGCGGAUGCCCUCUCCUUCCGCUUUGACCACCGAGGCAAUGAAGAAGACUUGGAUGAGACUAUUGCACUUUUUCGCGAAGCGCUGACCUUGCUCCCGGUCGGUGACACAUAUCGAUCUCAGUCAUUAAAUAACCUCGCAAAGCUACUCUCCUUCCGCUUCCACCGAGGCAACGACGAAGAUGUGGAUGAGGUCAUCGCACUAUUUCACGAAGGGCUGGCUUUGUGCCCGGUGGGUCACACAGAUCGGUCCAAGUCAUUGGAUAACCUCGCGAAUGGACUGUCCGCCCGCUUCGAGCAACGAGGCAACGACGAAGACUUAGAUGAAGCUAUCGCACUUAACAGGGAAGCGCUAGCAUUGCGCCCGGUCGGUCACACAGAUCGGUCCGCGUCAUUAAAUGACCUCGCCAAUGACCUCUCCUUCCGCUUUCUCCACUGGAGUAACAGCGAAGACUUGGAUGAGGCUAUCGCUCUUCACAGGGAAGCGCUGGCCUUGCGCCCGGUCGGUCACACAGAUUGGUCCGGGUCAUUAAAUAACCUUGCGAAUGGACUCUCCUCCCGCUUUGAUAACCGAGGCAAUGACGAAGACUUGGAUGAGGCUAUCGCACUUGACAGGGAAACGCUGUCCUUACUCCCGAUCGGUCACACGAAUCGGUCCAAGUCAUUAAAUAACCUUGCGAAUCGACUGUUCUCCCGUUUUCACUACCGAGGCAAUGAUGAGGACUUAGAUGAGGCUAUCGCACUUGAUAGGGAAGCGCUGGCCUUGCGCCCGGUUGGUCACACAGAUCGGUCCGGGUCAUUAAAUAACCUCGCGAACGACCUCUCCUAUCGCUUUGAGCACCGAGGCAACGACGAAGACUUGUAUGAGGCCAUUGCACUUCACAGGGAAGCGUUGGCCUUGCGCCCAGUCGGUCACACAUAUCGUUCCGAGUCAUUAAAUAACCUCGCGGCUCAACUUUCUACCUGCUUCGAGCACCGAGGCAACGAGGAAUACUUGGAUGAGGCCAUCGCACAUUUUCGCGAAGUGCUGGCCUUGCGCCCAGUCGGUCACACAGAUCGAUCUGGGUCAUUAAACAACCUCGCGAAUGGACUCUCCUCCCGCUUUGAGCACAAAGGCAACGAUGAAGACUUGGAUGAGGCUAUCGCACUUGACAAAGAAGCGCUGGCCUUGCGUCCAGUCGGCCACCCAGGUUGUCCCAAGUCAUUAAAUAACCUCGCGCAAACACUCUCCUCCCGCUUCCACCACCAACACAACACAGAAGACCUCGCUGAGUCGCGAGAGAACCUACUUUGUGCAUCGACUCUAUUGACGCAACAUGAUCCUCGUCAAUUACUAGUCAAUCGAUCGCUAGCUCAUGUCCAUCUGUCAUUCCAUCGUUUAAGUCUUGACGACAUUGGCGCAGGUGAAGAUACUGAUAAUAUUAAUGUUGCCAUGCAUAAUUUCAAGGUAGCAGCAAAUGUUGUCUCUGGAGGCUCGCUAUCCCGCCUGCGAGUCAGUCUAGACUGGGUUCACCAUGCUGAUGAAUACAGACAUGCCACUCAACUGGAGGCUUAUGCGACUUCCAUGCAACUUCUGGACACUUACAUGUCUACGACGGCUUCAGUUUCAUCUCGACAUGACGUCAUGGACUUCCCGAGUACACUUGCCGUUGAUGCUGCAUCGUGCGCUCUCCGCAGUGGUGAUGUGCAUCGCGCUGUUGAGUUGUUGGAACAGGGCAGGACCAUCAUCUGGACCCAGAUGAGACGACUCCGCACCCCUCUUGACAGUCUCCAAACUCGCAACGAUGAUGUAUUGGCCCUGAUGAAGAGAUUCAGGGAGCUCAGCUCUCUCCUCGAUAAACCUCCCGCGAAUCAUUCAGAAGUAACUCCAAGGGUCGAUAUAGAAGCUGAAGAAUCCCGGUACAGACAUCUAGUGAAAGAGUGGAAUGGAGUUGUAGAGAAGAUCCGGAAGAUCGAAGGAUUUUCUCGCUUCCUCCUUUCCCUUGUUCUCAGAUCUUCAGGAUGCAGCCCAUCAGAGUUGUGGGAUGUCGUCGUCUGCCCAGUGGUCGAGAUUCUGGACGGAUUUGCACGACGAGGUUCCCGAAUAUGGUGGUGCCCGACGUCUAUCCUCAAUUUCGUGCCGUUGCAUGCUGCUGGCGAGUACAGGGCAAAGGGAAAGUUCCUUUCGCAGCAGUAUGUUUCCUCAUACACGCCAUCGCUCACCGCGUUGAUCAAGGCUCGCGGAAGUCAUGACAGGUCCCCAUCUGUGCCCUUCGUUGGCAUUGGUCAGGAUUUCCCAGCCGGUGCCUCAUUCACUUUGGAUGCUGUGGAGCCUGAGCUGGAAUUGGUGCGGAGACUCUUACCCCCUCCCCCAAUUGUUUCCUUCUCCAAGAUAACCAGCGUUGAUGCAACGAAAUCGAGAGCACUGUGCGCAUUGCGAGACAAUACGUGGCUCCAUCUCGCGUGCCACGGCACGCAGAAAAUUGAUGAACCCUUCAAGUCCGCCUUUCUGAUGCGCGAUCAACCACUUUCGCUUCUCGACAUCACGCAAACGGAUCUGUCUCGGCAUGAAUUCGCAUUUCUUUCUGCUUGUGAAACCGCGGUCGGUGACCAUGAUACUCCUGACGAAGUGAUACACCUGGCAGCUGGCCUGCAAUUCGCUGUGGUAGGAGAGCGUCAUUGGGACAUUAUGGAAGGUCAACGAUAGUACCGUGCAGCGCUUAGUGGAGGCAUUCUACAUAAACUUUUGCGGGGAUGGCACGAUGAAUUCCAAACGAGCUGCCCGGGCGUUGCACCGAGCGGUCCAGUCGUUAGCCUG